UAAAUCUACGAUUAAAUGUCGGUACCCGCUGUAGGUUAAUAUAUAACGCCAGUUCAUGCUUUUAAGCACAAACUAUUUAGUGGAUCUAAAGUCUACUCCUACUUUCGUGUUAGAAUAACGAAUUAUGGGAUUUUUUUAAGGAAGCCAACGAGUGAGAAUGCGGUUACAUUCAAACUAUGAAAAGCUGUACAGUUCUGGACCAUUGUAUUUUUUGGUUUGGAUAUAUUUAAUGAACAUACAAAGCGUGUUGGGAGUUUUGCCUUACUCAAUCAGACAAAAAACAUCCGGUUAUCGUUCGAAAGGCUGUCCUUCAGGAAAGUACUAUGAUGAGGAGAAUAAUGGAAAGCGUAACUGUAGAAAAUGUGUUAUUUGCCCUAAAGGCUACACAGAACAUUUGCCAUGUUCCAAGACGACGAACAGGUCUUGUAAACCAUGUGAAAUUGGGACUACUUUCACUGACAAACGUGGAGGAAUUUGCCGGAACUGCACUGAGUGUCAACGAGGUCAGUUUGUCAGCAGACAAUGUUUGCCGUUUAAAGAUACUAGGUGUAAAAUCUGUCCUAAUGGAACGUAUUCCUUAGACUGGAAAGGUUUUGGGUGUAAAUACUGCUCGGUUUGCAAAGAACAUGAAGAAGAAGUAUCGCCUUGUACACCACUGCAUAAUCGGGAAUGUAGUUUAAAAGAAGAUUAUACAUUCGGCACGACCAACCCUUGGAAUACUGGGCCAGAAUAUAACAAGGAUUUUAACUUUUCCACACGGCUCGUCCUCCUCUCUCUCUUAAUGGUUGUUUCUUGCUCUUUCUUUAUUUUCUUGUUUGCAACUAUUUUACAAACAAUCAGCUCGAAGUUUCAAAGAAUCACUCUUUAAUUAUAAGGUGCAAUGGAAUUAUAUAGGUAAGAAGACACGCAUACACUAAUGACUUUCUUGAUUCAACAUUCAUUAUACUACAUGUAUACUCUGUAUGCAUUGGUAGCAUAGUGGAACUGAAUUUCUUAAUUCGAACAUUGCGGCUGUCAUUGUUUCGAACCCCAAUCGGAACCAAUAUUUGAAAACUAUACUUGUAUUGUUUUUUUUAAACAUUUUAAAUGUAUUUUACGCAAGUUACCUAAUUUUCCCAUAAAUAUUAAGAAUUGGAUGUGUUGAAAGAGAGCAAGGAGAGAAUAAUCUUUAAUUUAGAUUUUCUUGAAAAUCAAUACAGUAAACUUUUAUGAUAUUAUGUAAAAAUGUUUUCGAAGAGAGCCAUGCUUUGCAACUCAUGUUCCAUUCGUAUUAUUGUUAUAACAUA